AUGAAUCGAUAGUUAUUUCACGUGUUCCUAAUCACUCUGAAAUCAGAGGCGAAGUUCAGAACUGUCCUAGUUUUUACGCGGAAAUGCCUGCAAUUAGAAAAGGCGACAGAUUGCCCAGUGUGAUCUUAUACGAAGCUCUACCGGAAAAUCGAAGAAAUAUUCUGGAUCUGGUUGCUAAUAAGAAAGCCAUCAUCUUUGGAGUCCCUGGAGCUUUCGUUCCAGGAUGUUCUAGGGUCCAUCUCAGAGGAUUUAUCGAAAAAUCGACAAACCUGAAAUUCUUUGGCUUUGAAGAGAUAAUCUGCGUGUCUGUGAAUGAUCCAUUCGUGAUGUCUGCUUGGGGAAAUGCCAAAGGAGCAAAUGAUAAGGUGAGGAUGCUGGCAGAUCCCACGGCAUCAUAUACCAAAGCCAUAGGAAUGGACGUGGAUAUCCCGGAAUUGGGAGGCACCAGGAGUAGAAGAUACUCCAUGGCUACCGUGAAUGGCAUUGUAAAAGAAUUAUUCAUAGACGCACCCGAUGUGAAACUUAUGUGCUUACAAACAGAUGGUGUUCCUACAUAUUGUACUUAGCAUAGGUGUAGCAGCAUAAGAA